UCCAGUCACUCCACCUCGCCUUACUUUCGUGCUUGAGAGCCGCCGCAUGGUCGCUACCCUUCUCGGAAUCUUCUCAGCAUUUUCUAAAGAAAUGGCAGCCCAACGGGAACGUACCUUUCUGAUGGUAAAACCUGACGGGGUUGAGAGAGGACUGGUCGGCGAGAUCAUCACCCGACUGGAGAAGAAGGGCUACAAAUUGGUGGCCAUGAAAUUUAUGAAGGCACCAAGGAGUCUUUUGGAAAAACACUACGAGGAGCAUAAGGGCAGGCCCUUUUAUGAUGGCCUCGUGACCUUUAUUGGAUCUGGUCCAGUUGUCCCCAUGGUGUGGGAAGGUCUGGAUGUGGUGGAGACCUCCAGGAAGCUUAUUGGUGCUACAAACCCACGUGCCUCAGACCCUGGCACCAUCAGAGGGGACUAUGGCAUUGAUGUAGGAAGGAACAUCAUCCAUGGCAGUGACAAGGUUGAGACGGCCAAGCGGGAAAUCGCCCUGUGGUUCAAAGAGGAGGAACAGACUGCCUGGGAGCCAUCUCUAGAGAAAUGGAUAUACGAAUAGCCGGAAUAUUGUCUUGUUUUUCCAUUUUCAUUAACAUUGUAAUCAGCCAUAGUGCUCAAAUAAAGGCCCAUUUCUGGUGGGGGAAACAAUAAAAGAAAAGUCUUUCUAUGGCAUU